GCCUAAAUUAGGUAAAGACAGCAAUUAUUAAAUUGUUAUAAAGUAACUUGCUUAUGAAUCGUCAAGCAUUAUUUUGGCUGUUGUGAGCUCUCACUGGUGUCUGGAUGAUAAUAUAAAAGAAUAUGGAUUGCAAUGGAAGCAGAAUGGAUUAAAGAACUAUUCUCAAUGAUCUUGGACAUCUAGUCAUGUUAGGAACUCUUGUAGAUGUGACAUCACCAUGUGACCAUGGAGAAUGGUGAUGUAAUCGACAUCGAUGACCUCCUUGGAGUGUCAUCUCCUGAUCAGACAUCACUUCCUCUUGAAGAAUACAACCUUGAUGAUUUCUUGGACACUGUUCUUCAUGAAGGAGACAAUGGAAAGUCUGGAAAACAAUAUUCAGUCAAGCCUGGACUACAUGCUACAAAAUCCAAAAGAAAUAGGUCAGGACAAAGUGGCACAGGUGAGAGAAAGCUUCCUCAAUAUCAGCAGGAUGAUGCUACCGAAGUAUUCCUAGAGUCUCUUCUUAGUACCAUCAAGCCAAGUGGGGAAGAGAACGAUGUGACCUUAGACAUCAACUCUGAUGAGCUUAGGAGAUUUAUUGCUGAAUAUCAGGUGCAUGAUGUUAACCAACAGCAUGAAGGAGCAAGACCAACAGAAGACGGGGCCUCGAUCAGUUCAAGUGCUUCGGAGUCACUGGACAGUUCACUCUCCGGAGAAGGGUUUAGUGGCUCGAAGAUCAAGCAAAAUAAGAAAAUGAUGAGGGGGAUGAGGCUUCUGGUAGCCAACCUCCUACGAAGCAAAACAACUGCCAUGGCAAGCCCAUCAUUGGGUAGCGAGGAUGAGAGACAGAAAGAUGUGCGUCGCCAGAAGUUUAAGGAUAAAAGCAAGCGGAGGGAAGAGAAAUGUUUGAUGAAUCAAAGUCUUGAUGAACAAUCGUCACAGAGUGAUGCUUCAUUAAAUCAUACCCCACCUUCUGUUUUGAAGAUUCCCUCCGAGAUAGAUAGUACCACUGCUGCAUUCAAAGUAGCUGGAGUAAAACCAGCGAAAUGUCCUGACAGAUAUGAAGCAUACUCAGGAAUAAAUGAAGAGGCAGAAAAGGUCUUUAGAGUUGCAGUUGAAGAGGAUAAAUCAACUUUGGAACAAUAUUUAAGAAGUAACCCUAGUUUGAGAGACUCUAGAGAUUGUCAUGGUAAUGUGCUCUUGCAUGUCAUGUGUCGUCAUGGAAAACUAGAGAGCUUACAGUGGUUGGCAUCUGGACUGUGUGGACAUCACAUAAGUCUUGAAAACAAUAACUGCUUUACACCAACUGCUAUUGCAGUCAAAUACGGCAGACUUGAUUGUGUUGAAUGGUUAAUAAAUGAAACAAAGGCCAAAGAUGAGAUCCACUCUCAAGAUAAUAGAUGGUCCUUGCUUCAUAUUGCAUCACGUUAUGGACAGGAACCAUGUUUGCGAUGGCUGCUCCAAUUUAUGCAAAACACUGGUAUCCACCUCGAUUCUCUUGAUCGUCAUGGCAACUCACCUUCCCACCUUGCUGCUCGACAUGGCCACCUGAUGAGUCUACAGACUCUUGUAGAGUUCAACUGUGACAUCACCAUGGUGAAUGGUAAAAAGCAAACUCCGUGUAGCUUAGCAACUAAGUACAAUCACAACACCUGUGCUCAGUUUUUGGUGGUGACAGAGACGUGUGUAUCUUUGUCUGACCAGGUUACUCAACUCCGAAGAGACCUUAGAGAGUACCACAAUGAAAAAGUACAGCUGAAAGCAAGGCUAGACGAUGCUAUCCUUUGUAGCGAGGCCCUUGUCCGCAUGCAUCCCAGAGAUACAACGCAGCGGAUAGAACAGAUCCAACAACAGUAUGUUGAUUUGACUAAUCUCUUGGUGAGAAGGAUAGAUGAUAUGCAUCAGAAGACAGAUAAAGAAGGGGCUCAUAGCAGAUCAUCACUCACAGGAAGUUGUCAUGACUUAAGUGAUGAUAUAGCCUCGUGCAAGCAACGUGCUAAUGAGCUCCAGGACUCCUGCGCACAGCUCCUGGCGGAGGAGCAUGCUCGUCAAGGAUCCAGUCAAGAGGGAGAACUCUCUCGGAUCCAGGAGACCUUACACAAGCUCCAACAGCCUGAUGAGUUGCAAAGCUCAAUAGGUCAAAGGUCACAGCUUGAGGAUUACAACUCAGAGCCCCUCAAAGACAUGAGGAAAAGGCUGAAUGAGGUUAGUUUACUGCGAGCUGCCAGUCCGUCUGUGAUGAAUGUACCACUCUCUGACAAGCAAGACAGUGUUAGUCUGAGCAGCAGUUAUACAUCCUUGAGCUCUUCAUCAUCAUCCCUCUCUCUGAUGACAAAUGGUUUAAAUGCAACUUCAAAACCACCACUUCAGAAACAAGUAUCAUGGGAGGAUCAACAACUUCAUAGGGGUGUGUUGAACAAUAGGAAUGGAGGGACAUGUCACAGUGAAACUGAAAGUUCAACCUCAAGCAUAAGGAGUGUGGAGCAGGAAGAUCUGGCAUCCAAAGUGAAAAGACACUUGAAUGAUUUGAUCUCAGGGAAAAGUAGUAGUCAGAUGAAUUCCAAAAAAUCUCAGUCUUCCCAAAACAAUCAGUAUUAUGCAAAAGAGGAAAGAGACUUUCCCACACCCACCAACCCUUCACCAACGGAUGGUGUGCUGACAGCCGUAUCCGUUGGAUCUUGUGUUAGGUCAUCCACAAAUUGUGGUGCACAGCAUUUGCGCAUGAAGCAGAAUCAAAUAAACCAGUCUCUUGAUGCACUCAUGAAAAGUGCCCUGCCAGAUGUAAUCAACUCUGGAGAUGCUAAAAGAGGUCAGGUAUCCCCAUCGAGUGAGAGUAAGCUGUCAAUCUCAAGUGAAGACCUUUCCCAUUCCUGGCAUGGAGGAUCAGACAAUCAAAGCAGGAAUAGACCACUUCUAUCUAGAUUAAAAACAUCUCAUUCUGCAGAGUUUGCAUUGAAAGAUAGAACUAAUAUGAAACAUCAAAGACAUAGCAGUGAGAAUAGCCCACUGCAUAUGAAAGUAUUGUCAUCCAUGAAAAGCGAGGAUGACAAGAUUCUUCAUAGACCCACGACCAACUCAAACAAUAGAAGCUCUGUCUUGUCUGUACCAGUCUUCAUGCGGAAGCUGCGGCCUACAGGACAUGUCCCAGGAGGAGAGGUAUCUGUUCAUGUUGAUCUGAUGAACCAUCAGAAUGACCUGGAAACAGAUGCCACUGAUGAUUCUUUCAUACCGAGACUCAAUUCUGACUCAAGUCUCAGCAGCGCCACAUCUUCUGAUGUAGUUUGGUCUGAUAUCGAUCAUCCAGAUGGCCCAGACGCUGGCCCUAUGUACAAACGCAGGGCAGGAAUACUCAAUCGAACCCGCAGAACUGGAGAGGGUAAUCGCAAGUCACGUAACCGUCACAUCAAAUUUGCCCUGGACGAAGACAACUGUCCGUCGAGCCCUACCUCCGACACGUCUUCUCAUCGAAGGGAUCUCUCUCCGAUCUAUGAGUCUGAGUCUCAUCGUCAACAGCGUGAACAGAAUGCAGCUGAACUCCAUAGUCCUGUUGACACCACCUCUCCUUGCAACUAUAAACCUCCAAUUCUUGGUCAUCGUGAGUAUAGGGUUAACUUCUACAGCAGUGAUGAUGAUGAUUAUGAGCCAGAGUCACCUCCACCUGAAGACAGUCCACCUAUUUCAGGAUCUAAUUUAUCACAUGCUCAGGAUCGUACAGUUGAUGAAAUUCUGCAAGAUCCCACCAUUGAUGGUCAGGAAGAGAAUGAUAAGUUUUGGUAUGAGAGCUCUGAAGAGGACGAAGGUAGUGGAGAAAGACAAAGUUUAAGUGCUUCUAUUGGAGGAACAGCAGAGAGACACAUCUGCUAUCUCUAAGGACUUCUUACAUCUA